CUCACUCAUACGCCGCCGCCAUCGAACACGGUGUUGCCCGCGAUGUCUGCGUCGCCGCUGGCUUUGCCCUUGAAAUAUCGACGCAAAAGUCUUUCUCACUCGCCUGGGCCCCUUUCGCGCUCGCGCUCCCCAUCGUCGAUACCGUCUCAAUCCCCCUCUUCUUCGAAACCGUCAUACUACGCGUACUCUUCCUGCGCUCGCACAGAAAAUUGGAUGCCCAGCGAUGAUGAUCUUGAACCGCCAUUGACUAGCGACGACGCACUUACCGCCCCUUCCUCUGGCUCUCGCGCAGCUUCUCUAGCGCCUGACGAAGACGCUUUUGUCGACAUUGUGUCCUCCUCCCCCGUGCGCGAUGCGCAUUUUUACUCCUACACACAGGGUGCGCUAAAAAUGCCCCGCUAUUCUGGCCCUGCUCCCGAAGCCAGGUACGAGUCAAAACCUCUACCGACAUACAGCGACGAUGCACACGACGUGGCUGCGGCCCUCCUUGCAUUACAUGCCCAUCCACGCUUGACAUCGCCGAAACUGCUUUCGCAAAUCUCAUCAUACCCACCUGCGCCACAUAUCUCGUCGAGUAUCUUCCCCCCACGGUCCCAGCAUCGGCCGGUCCAGUUAACCGCUCCAUCGAACCGCAAUCCUUCCGAGACAUGCCGGGCGCUUAUCGAUAAAGAACUAGUGGAGGCCGUCGUUGAUGGGGGAAGUGUGGAGGGAUGCUUCGAUGAUGGAUCCAGUGAUGGAUCCAGUGACAUGGAGGUGGAUCAGCAGCCUCG